UUGUGCUUAGCGUCCGGCGGUGCCGACCGGGGGGAGCCCCCCCUCUACCCGACGAGAUUUGGGUUUAAACUUUGGGUUUUGGGGAGCCCCGAAGAUGCCUUUCCACCCGGUGACGGCGGCGUUGAUGUACCGGGGGAUCUACACCGUCCCCAACAUCCUCGCCGAGCAGCGCCCCGUGGAGAUUCCCGAGGAUGAGCUGGAGGAGAUCCGGGAAGCCUUCAAGGUGUUCGACCGCGAUGGCAACGGGUUCAUCUCCAAGCAGGAGCUGGGCACGGCCAUGCGCUCCCUGGGGUACAUGCCCAACGAGGUGGAGCUGGAGGUCAUCAUCCAGCGCCUCGACAUGGACGGUGACGGGCAGGUGGACUUUGAGGAGUUUGUGACAUUGCUGGGGCCCAAGCUCUCCACCUCGGGCAUCCCGGAGAAGUUCCACGGCACCGACUUCGACACCGUCUUCUGGAAGUGUGACAUGCAGAAGCUGACGGUGGACGAGCUGAAGCGGCUGCUGUACGACACCUUCUGCGAGCACCUGUCCAUGAAGGACAUCGAGAACAUCAUCAUGACGGAGGAGGAGAGCCACAUGGGCACGGCCGAGGAGUGCCCCGUCGACGUGGAGACCUGCUCCAGCCAGCAGAUCCGCCAGACCUGCGUGCGGAAGAGCCUCAUCUGCGCCUUCGCCAUCGCCUUCAUCAUCAGCGUGAUGCUCAUCGCCGCCAACCAGGUGCUGCGCAGCGGGAUGAAGUAACGGGGCGCCCCCGCCGCCGGGCACCCGCAGCGACGGCGAGGAGGAGGCACCUAUAAAUAUCUAUAAAUAUCUCUCUGUACAUCCAUCUGUGGCCCAGAGACGUGACCCCCCCGGGCGGGGGGCAGCCGAGGGGACAGAGCCGCGCCGGGGCCCCGCCGUGCCGGGCGCCGCCGUCGCUGCUGCUCGCAGAGCGCGGAGACUUUGGGACCGACACCGACACACCGACCCCCCCUCGCCGGACAAAAUCCGACCCGUGAGUGCAUGUGACGUGCAUGGAGCCCCGUGAGCCCCCUCCCGCGGCGGAUCCCGUCGGAUUCUCCGAUCUAGCGUUAGAGCUCAUAUUUAGGAUAAACCAAAUCAUCCCCUAAGCAAUACACGCGCCUGAGAUGGUUCCUAGAGCCGGGAGCGUUUGCAUGGACUUGGCUGCCAAGGGCUGGAUUCCAACCCCCCAAAGCCCCUCCCUGUCCCCGUGCCGUGCCUCGGUUUCCCCACCUGCCCGGUGCGGGGACAUUCCUGACCUCCUGCUUGAUGCACUUUGAGCCGACCCCCCUUGGGAAGAGCCGGAGCGACCCCGAGGCCGGGGAGCCCCGCACGCCCCGGAACCCCCCAGCCUGUAUGUAGCACCCACCUGGGCACGGACUGGUUCGGAUUUGGGGCCGUUUUUCAUUCUUUGGAGUUUUUGGGGUGGUGUUUUUGGUUUUUGUUUCGGUUUUUGGUUUUUUUUUUUGUUUUUGUUCUUCCUGGUUGGUUGUUUCCGAUCUGAAAUAAAACUGGGAUUUCUGAAGCGC